AGGUACGGAGAUGUUAUCUCCGUGGUUAGUUCGUGUUCCUAACAUACACGAGGCUAUGGGGUUAGUCCCUAAGUACUACAAAAGCAAAACAAAAGCCAAGACAAAUGCCUUGUUAGGCGUGAGUGUGGAGCAGGGCAGGGUGGAGGCCAGGAGGGAACGAGUGUCUGACAAUUCUGGACUGUUCCAGCGUGUGUUCCUUGCAGCAGAGCCCGGGUCCCCGAGGUCCUAUAACUCAGAAAGGUUUGGCUGAAGGGAGGCCCGCAGAAAGCAGCCAUCUGCGGGAGGGGGCGUGAGCAGGGCGGGGCCGGAAUGUCUUUCACCAGGCCGCGCCUGGAGCGGACACAGUCACCGGCACACGGAUCAUGGCUGCAGGCGUCCUACGGCAGGUCUGGGCCCCAAAACUUCUUCCUGUCCCCUGGAUGCUAUGUGGGCCCAGAAGAUGUGUGUCCUCCAACUUCAAGGCUGCAGACCUCCAGAUUCAGGUGACCAAAGAGCCACAGAAGAAGCCAGGCCCUAGCCAGCCGCUGCUGUUUGGAAAGACAUUCACAGACCACAUGCUAAUGGUGGAGUGGGACAAGACCACAGGCUGGAGCCCCCCGAGGAUCCAGCCCUUCCAGAGCCUCACUCUGCACCCAGCCUGCUCUGCCCUGCACUACUCCCUGCAGCUCUUCGAGGGCUUGAAAGCUUACAAGGGCAGCGACCAGCAGGUUCGCCUCUUCCGGCCAUGGCUCAACAUGGACAGGAUGCUCCGCUCUGCCAGGCGUCUCUGUCUGCCAGGCUUUGACAAGCAGGAGCUGCUGGAGUGCAUCCGACGGCUCAUCGAAGUGGACAAGGACUGGGUCCCCGACGGCAGCGGAACCAGCCUGUACGUGCGGCCCGUGCUGAUCGGGAACGAGCCCUCGCUGGGUGUCGGCGUGGUCACGCGAGCCCUCCUGUACGUCAUUCUUUGCCCCGUGGGCUCCUACUUCCGUGGAGACUCCAUGACCCCCGUCUCUCUCCUGGCUGACCCCACGUUCAUCAGAGCCUGGACGGGGGGCGUUGGAGACUACAAGUUGGGGGGGAAUUAUGGGCCCACCGUGGCGGUGCAGCAAGAAGCCCUGGAGAAGGGCUGCGAGCAAGUCCUCUGGCUGUACGGGCCGGACCACCAGCUCACCGAAGUGGGCACCAUGAACAUCUUCGUCUACUGGACUCAUGAGGACGGGGUGCUGGAGCUGGCGACCCCCCCGCUGGAUGGCAUCAUCCUGCCUGGUGUGGUUCGACAAAGCCUGCUGGACCUGGCGAGGACCUGGAAUGAGUUCCGGGUGGUGGAGCGCAAGGUGACCAUGAGGGGACUGCAGCGGGCGCUGGAGGAGCGCCGCGUGCGGGAAGUCUUUGGCUCGGGCACCGCUUGUCAGGUCUGCCCGGUGCAUCAAAUCCUGUAUGAAGGCCAGCAACUCCACAUUCCCACCAUGGAGAACGGGCCGGAGCUCAUCCUGCGCUUCCAGAAGGAGUUGAAGGCUAUUCAGUACGGAGCCAGAGCCCACGAUUGGAUGUUUCCGGUGUGACGCUACCGGCUGCGUCCUCACGGGUUGGAUCCGCAGAACCUACGGCAUCCACUCCAGCGUCCUCGCUCCCCAGAGACUCACGAGAAGUGCAAUAGAAAAAGGUCUGGCCUGGUUCUCCGGCGCCCUCACGUGGUCGCAACACUCCAAAGCCUUAAGGCCGGGACUCAGGCAAUUUGGACCCCGCCUGAAGGGUUGGGUCUCAGGGCUCAGAUCCGGGAGCUGCUCCGUGUGCUGGUGUUCAAGGGGGGACCUUGGCAUUUUCUCUAGCUCCGUUCUCAGGCCGGAACCCCGGUGCUCUCCAUGAUGCAUCCCCCACCCCUCCCCGUCCUUGCUGCAAUUUUGAAAUAAAAUGCCAAAGAACAA